AUGUCAACUGAUGAAAACAGUAAUGAGCUCCACUUAGUGAUGUUUCCUUUUCUGGCUUUUGGUCACAUAAGUCCCUUUGUACAGCUUUCCAAUAAGUUAUCCUCUUAUUCUGGUAUCAGGAUUUCCUUCUUGGCUGCUUCCGCCAAUGUCCGGCGUAUAGAAACCAUGCUCAACCGCACCGCCGCCACUCAAAUCAUCGGUCUCAGAACUUUUGAAGCGUCGGAUUUACUUUACAUCUUCAAGAGCUUCCAUGGCACUCCAAGCAUCAACAAACCACUUCUUCUAAUCGGUCCGGUGGUUCCCGAGCCACAUUCCGGCGAACUGGACCAGACGUGGACCAACUGGUUGACCCACUUCCCGGCCAGAUCCGUGAUCUACUGCUCGUUCGGCAGCGAAACUUUUCUAUCAGAUGAUCAGAUUACAGAAUUGGCUUUAGGGUUAGAACUCACCGGUCUUCCAUUCUUCCUAGUGUUGAAUUUUCCGGCGAAUCUUGACAGCUCUGUAGAACUAAAAAGAACCCUACCUCGUGGGUUCAUGGAGAGGGUGAAGGGUAAAGGGGUGGUGCACUCAGGGUGGGUGCAACAACGACAUAUUCUGGCUCAUGAAAGUGUUGGGUGCUAUGUCUGUCAUGCUGGUUUCAGCUCUGUGAUAGAAGCUCUGGUAAACGACUGUCAGUUGGUGAUGCUGCCAUUGAAGGGUGACCAGUUCAUGAACUCUAAGUUAAUGGAGCUGGAUUGGAAGGUAGGAGUUGAGGUAAAUAGGAGAGACGAAGAUGGGUAUUUUGGGAAAGAAGACGUGUUUGAAGCUGUGAAGAGUGUUAUGAUAGAGACUGAAAAAGAACCAGCGAAAUCGAUAAGGGAAAAUCACAAGAAAUGGAAGGGGUUUUUGCAGAAUGAUGAGAUACAUAAUAAGUAUAUCAUAGAUUUGGUUAGGGAUUUGAAGACACUUUAG